CCUUCUUUAAACCAUUGUCUUUUACAGAUCCUCACCCCCCCACUCGCCCCGCCAAGGGUAAGGCCAAGGGAACUGAGGGUCAGUGCGCUGUCCUGGAGGGCUCCUGGGGGCCGGCUUUCUGUUCCACCCGCAGGAUGAGCACUGCACUAGGACGUUUCCCGAGCAGCCCACGGCUGGGCUGGAGUGCUGUGAGCAGAGAUGACACUCCUCUGCCAGGCGUGGGCCCUGAGGGCAGGAGGGCACCUGGUACGCCCCCUUCGGCCCUGAACUACCCAGCAUCCAUUCCUUCCCUCCAGGAUGGACAGAAGGGGAAGGCCACUUUCAUACCACCCUCUGGGUGGGCCUGGGCUGCCAAGUCCCCAGUGGGCCAGCGGAUGGGAGAGGCCUGUUCCAGCUCCUGGAAGGCCAGGGCCAGGGAUGGCAGGCUGGUUGCCUGUGUUUGUGACCCAGACACAGGAGCUAGUGUGGAAGCUGGUUCAUACUCAGAGCAACGGAGCCAGAGGCACCCUGGAAACCUCUGGGGUCUUUGCAUCUCCCUGGGUUAGACCUUCAGAGAUUCAGUGGAGGCAUGGAAUAGGGUGUUGAAUCCCAAGUGGCUGGAAUUUAGGAGAUGUCAAGAACCUUGGCACCACAGCCGAAGCCCCGAAAGGACUCCUGCCCACUCCCAUGUCUGGCUCAGCAUGGACACUGGCCUCCUUGGCUUCAGAGGGGACACCCCACCUAGCCCACCCGAGGGUGGUUCCCGGUCCCAGGCUGGGUCUGGGUGAGGAGAGAGUGGUACCCCGGAAGGCUCUAAGUGGGCACUGAGUGUGUACACACACGGCUGCUGGCUUUCUGUAAGGUGUGGAGUGUGAUGCAGAGUGGGGCUCCUCUAGGUGGAAGCUGUGUGACGUGCCAGCGCGGGCGUGGGACUGUGGGUGUUUGCCGCUAGCUGUCACCAUCAGCUUGGUGUGAUUCAUUGGUACAGAGCUAACACAGCCCUGGCUUUCGGUGGAGGCCAGUGCACUGGGGGCGGGGGAGUCCCUGAGCCCACAAGCCGGCUGUUCCUGGGAGACUCAGCAUCUGCUCUGGGCCUCAGUGUCCUUGUCUGUGUGGAGGGGCUCAGAUUAGGCGAUCUUCGAGAGCCACUUCAGCUGCGGGACUUGGGGUUCCUGUUGUUCUGGUAGCUUUUCCCAGGCCCUGCACAGGGAUGGGAGUGCUCCCGCCUGGGGUCGCGAAGAGCCCCCAGUGAGGCAUGCCCACUCUGCACAGGGGGAAAGGGCAGGCGCCUCGCCUCCGCAUCUUAAGCACACUUGGCUCUCUAAAAAAUGUGGGGAGGCACGCUUCUGCUUGCAAUGAUGAUGUCACUCCAGGCCCUAGCCGCCACAGGGCGGAGCCACUCAGCAGUCAGUCCCGAAGAAAGAGCUGCACUGGCGUGGCACUUACCUUCUCAAAGCUACCAUCUCCAGCAGAACUAGCGUGACCUGCAGCUCUGCGGACGCUGGGUCACCUGCCGACCCAGGGGCCUCUGCGGGGCCCGUUCCCUAAGCCCUGGCGCUUCCCUCUGGGGACUUGAGCCCUUGCUUCAACUCUCCACUUUCACUGUAGAUGGCUUUGUAACAAGUGUUCCUGCACGUCCAGGUACAGGCCAAGGCGGAAACAGUGAGUGGGCUGUGGCCCCGAGCCUCGCCUGCCUGGAAGGCUUCCCCGUGCUUUUCCUGGAGGUGACAGAGAGAAAUCAUAAGCUGCUCUUCCAGGAGAAAGAGAUCAGAAACCUGGUAACAUAAGAACAGCUCGGGUCCCGGAGGAACAGAUCCCUCUGCUUCCUAGAACCCUCUGACCCGGAGCAGCCCGUUCCCUGAGCACCGAGCCAGGAGUGGGCUCUCACACACGGUGACUGCCCUAGACCGGUGUGUGUCACCCCAUGGCGUUAGAGCUGCGUGGAGAGCUGUGGAAGGAGCCCUAGCAAGGCCCAGACAAUGCCUCUCCUGGGCCCUCCUCCCCUAGCGGUCACGUUUUCCUUGGUUACCCAGCCGUUGCCAUGGGGAACGGCUGUUUGUUUAGCAGGACAAACAUUUUCUCUGGCUUAUGGCAGGCUGGCCUCAGGGAGUUGGCUCCUGCCAGGAAGUAGAAAACGGCUAUUCUGUUGGGGCUGCAAGUACCGCCAGACUUGCAGACGCAGAGUCCAGAGAGUUCAAGAACAGGCAGAAUCAGCCAGUGCAACGAGCCAGCCUAGUGGGGACGCUGGAGAGGGCCGAGGUCGGGAAGGCACCAGGAAGCUCUGGGGGGCUGCAGCUCCUGCCAGAUCUGGGAGCUGGUUGUGGGUGUUCGGUGUGCGAAGCAUGUCACAGUGCAGGAGUCUUCUCACGGGCCUCACUCCGUCUCCAGUGUGGUCACUCGGGUGACUAGGCCGCAGGCUGGUCCCUGACUGCCUUAGGCGUAAGGGCUCCCAGUGCGUGAAGCCUCUACCCCCGGGCAGUGGGCUGCAGCUGGGGCCAGGCUGUGCUUUCAUUCUUAGCUUUGCGUUUGUUACGACGUGCCGUGGAGACUGCGGCUGUCUGCGAGGACAGAGCUCACAGGAUGAACCCUGAGACCCCAUCAGCCAGCUUCCGAAUUGUCUGGCUCCUGGCCUCUCUCCUGCCACAUCCCUGCCCGCUGCCUCCCUGCCUCCCUGCCUCCCUGCCCUGAUCCCAGGCUCUGUGAGCUCAUUGCACUCGUUUCCGAGUACUCCUCUGUCUGGUCCGAGAACCCGCUGCCCGAGGUAUGGCCGCGUGACCUGGUCGGGGUCCAGGCUCAACUUCUCUCCUCAGUCUGACCCUUGUCUAGGGGCAGAGCCGUUUGUGACCUUGGGGGGGGGCGAGGAUACCCAAGGGACAGGCUCAUGUGGGGACUCUCCUGGCUCUCCCGCAGCCCUCUCCAGCCAGGCUGCCCCUCUUCCCUCCCUCCUGAGCGCUUUCCUCUCCCUCCCCCAGCGUUGUGGUGUAGCUGGGCUCGCAUGCUGGCGUGAGCAGGCCCGGGUGAAUGUCUGUGGGAGGCAGGAGGCCAAGUCUGCUCGGCCUGGCACGCUGGCUCUGCCAGCUGGGCAGAGUGCAGCCAGUCCAUGGAGCCGUGCAUUUUCUGGAAUUGGGAGGUGUUGGGCGGUGUGUCUGAGUUGUCGUUCCACACGUUGCCAUGCUGCCCAACCCCCUUGCAAAAAGACGGACCUCCCACCUGAGGUGAUCCGGCCCUGGCAACUCGUGUUCACUCAGGCUCCAGGAGCUAGAAGCACGGAGUGAAAACCGGGAUCCCGGAGCCACCGGCCCCCGACACGCCAAGGCAGUGACUUGUUCAGCGCGAGGCUCCUCCAAGGAUGCCGGCCCUGCUGGGCAGGGGUGGCCACAAGCUCUCCAUCCUUUAAGUACAGGCCGGGGGCAGCUCCUGUGGCCAUAAAAUCAAUGGAACCUCUCCUCCCUGUUUGUUUCCUUCUUUCCUGAGAGAGACCAAGAAGUAAGCACCCGGCAGGUCUUCGCGUCGUGACCCCAGUGCCAGCCAGCUCGAUCGCAGGCACACACGCGAGCCCAGCGUGUACAGGGGAGGCCUCCGGACGUGAGCGAGUGCCGCCCCUGUGGGCUAUCCCGUGGAGCACUGCCGCCACUCCUGGUUGUCACCUGGUAUGAGUCCCUGCGGUGACCUGCAGUGACAGGUGCUCAGGCCAUGUCAUUUCAUCUUCCCACCAACAGACAGGAGGCAGGGCCCUCGUUCUCCAUAUCCCAUAGACGAGGAAGAAGGCGCAGAGCGGCCGAGGACCUUGUCUGUGGUCACACCGCCAGGAAGGGCAAAACUCGGGAACCCCAGCCACCAGGCUCAUUCCCUUCCCCACUCUGCUGCCUCCGAGGCCUUCACGACUCCUCUGGGGAGGGCUGUGGGGGUGCCAUGGGUGGUAUCCAGGGUGCGAGGGGGUCAAGAGUGAGAGAGCGUCUGGACGCCCUGCAGCCCCUUGGCCACAGAGCCCCACGAGGCCUCCUCGCUUCCACCCCCCACCCGUGUUUCCGCACAGGCCGGGCAGCCAUCGCCCACUCAGCACAAAGCCCGGGCCCUGCCCCUGCACAGUCCUGCCAGGCGCACCACGAUCUGGCCCUGCUGUCGCUCUCAAGUCACUUCACCUCCUGCCCUCGGCCACUCUGCUCCAGCCUUGCCCAUCCUCAAACAGCAUUGCACAGUCCUGCCUCAGGGCCUGUGCACUCGCUGCCGCCCGCCUCGUACUCUGGUAGCCGGGCCCUGGGCCCGUCGGGACGUGUAGUUUGCUCUCUUGAAAGCAGAGUGCGGAGCGAGGCUCAGUGUUCACUUUACUGGAAGGUGCAGCCCCCCAGCACAAGGGAGGUGAGGAAGAGCAGCCUGGAGAGCCCGGGCCAGCCGCCACCUCACUGAGACCAUGCCCUGCCCCACAAGGACACCCAGCUGUGGCUCAGCCCCGAGGGCCCCAUGGAAAGGCCAUCUGAACAGGAAGACUUUCUAACGCCACUGCCUCCAUGCACAAGAGCCCCCGGUCCCCACCUCCUCGGUAACGGCCAGGGCGAAGGAUUUCCGCGUUUUCCUGAUGGGAGUUGAGUGCCUUCCCAGCAGUUCAGAGGACCGGCUUUUCUCUGCAGAACAGCCUCAGCUUCUCCGCUUCCAAAGGUCACUGCCUCUCCGGCUUCAUCAACUUCAUCCUGGACCCCACCAUGAACGGGUACGUGGAGCUUCCCCCCGGCCCCAGCAGCCCCACCAAGGAGCUGGCAGAGCCCACGCCUGGCCAGGCCCCACUCCAGGAAGACGUGGAUAUGAGCAGUGGCUCCAGUGGAAACGAAAACUCCAUGGGGCAGGACUCGCAGGGCAGUGACUGCGACGACAGCAGGAAGGAGCUGGGGAUGCUGGUAGAGCCGUCAGAUGCCUGCCAGAGUGCAAGUGCCUUCAGCCUGAUGAUGGCCAAGUCUGAACACACCCCGCCUGCGAGUGGCUGCAGCAGCGAGCAGUCUGCCAAAGCGGACACACACAAGGAGCUGGUGAAGACGCUGAAGGAGCUGAAGGUCCACCUCCCUGCAGACAAGAAGGCCAAGGGCAAGGCCAGCACGCUGGCCACCUUGAAGUACGCCUUGAGGAGCGUGAAGCAGGUGAAAGCGAACGAGGAGUACUACCAGCUGCUGAUGGCCAGCGAGAGCCACCCCUGCGGCGCGGACGUGCCUUCUUACUCCACAGACGAAAUCGAGAGUGUCACCUCCGAGUACCUCGUGAAGAAUCCGGACAUGUUUGCCGUGGCUGUGUCCCUGAGUACUGGGAAGGUCCUGUACAUCUCUGACCAGGUGGCGUCCAUAUUCCACUGUAAGAGAGACGCCUUCAGCGAUGCCAAGUUCGUGGAGUUCCUGGCCCCCCACGACGUCAGCGUGUUCCACAGCUCCACCACGCCCUACAGGCUCCCGUCCUGGAGCAUCUGCGGCCGAGUCGACUCUUUUACUCAAGAAUGCACGGAGGAGAAGUCUUUCUUUUGCCGCGUCAGUGUGGGGAAGAGCCACGAGAACGAGGUUCGCUACCACCCCUUCCGCAUGACGCCCUACCUGGUCAAGGUCCGGGACCGGCCUGCUGCCGAGAGCCAGCUCUGCUGCCUCCUGCUGGCGGAGAGGGUGCACUCCGGCUAUGAAGCUCCUCGAAUUCCUCCUGAAAAGCGAAUUUUUACGACAACACAUACACCGAAUUGUUUGUUCCAGGACGUGGACGAGAGGGCCGUCCCCCUCCUGGGCUUCCUCCCUCAGGACCUGAUCCAGACGCCUGUGCUCAUGCAGCUUCACCCCAGCGACAGGCCCCUGAUGCUCGCCAUCCACAAAAAGAUCCUGCAGUCAGGCGGGCAGCCCUUCGACUAUUCCCCCCUUCGCUUCCGUGCCCGGAACGGGGAGUACAUCACGCUGGACACCAGCUGGUCCAGCUUCGUCAACCCGUGGAGCAGGAAGAUCUCCUUCAUCAUCGGGAGGCACAGAGUCAGGGUGGGGCCUUUGAAUGAGGACGUGUUUGCAGCCCACCCGUGCGUGGAGGAGAAGGCCCCGCCCCCAAGCAUGCAGGAGCUCACAGAGCAGAUCCACCGGCUGCUACUGCAGCCCGUCCCCCACAGCGGCUCUAGCGGUUAUGGGAGCCUGGGCAGCAAUGGCUCCCACGAACACCUCCUGAGUCAGACCUCCUCCAGCGACAGCAACGGCCAUGAGGACGCCCGCCGCAGGAGAUCCGAAAUUUGUAAAAAUGGGAACAAGACCAAAACCAAAAAUUACUCUCACGUGCCUGUAGGACAGAAGAAAAGCGGUGCUGCAGAAAUGCAAAGCCGUUCCUUGAUGGAAGCUGUCCCUGCAGCGGAGAAGGACAGCUCGGGGGCCAGCAUCCCUGAGGCUGGCUUCCCCGAGGAGCUGGCCUGCAAGGGCCAGCCUGCCUGCUCCUACCAGCAGGUCAGCUGCCUGGACAGCGUCAUCAGGUACCUGGAGAGCUGCAGUGAGGCGGCCACGCUCAAGAGGAAGUGUGAGUUCCCAGCGAACAUCCCCACACCGAAGUCCAGCGACAGGCGGAAGGCCACGCUCAGCCCUGGGCUACGCUCUGGAGAGACAGCACCACCCUCCAAGGUGAACAGCCACGCGGAAGUUAGUGCUCGCCUGACCUCGCUGACGUUGCCCGGCAAGGCCGAGAGCGUGGUGUCCCUCACCAGCCAGUGCAGCUACAGCAGCACCAUUGUCCACGUUGGGGACAAGAAGCCACAGCCCGAGUUAGAGAUGGUGGAAGACGCUGCCAGUGGGACUGAGUCCCUGGACUGUCUGGCAGGCCCCUCCCUGCCCUGCGGCCACGGCCAGGAGAAGGAGCCCUUCCAGAAGCUGGGCCUCACCAAGGAGAUCCUGGCCGCGCACACCCAGAAGGAGGAACAGAGCUUCCUGCACAAGUUCAGGGAGGCCAGGAGGCUCAGCCUCUGGCAGCCCCACUGCCAUUACCUGCAAGAGAGGGCCAAGGGCCAGGGCGGCGAGCGAGCGGCUCCUGGACUAAGAAAUACUUCCGGAAUAGAUUCCUCUUGGAAAAAGUCUGGGAAGAACAGAAAACUGAAGUCCAAACGGGCCAAGCCACGAGACUCCUCAGAAAGCACUGGGUCUGGGGGGCCAGUUCCCCACCGGCCCCCACUCGUAGGACUGAACGCGACGGCCUGGUCGCCCUCGGACACGUCCCAGUCCAGCUGCCCUGCUGUGGCCUUUCCCACCUCCAUGCCAGCUUACUCCCUGCCCAUGUUCCCAGCACCAGGAAUUGUGCCGGGGCCAGGGGCAGUGGUGGCGCCACCUGUGGCUCCCCAUGCCAGCUUCACAGUGCCCACCGUGUCUGUGGACGCCCAGCAGCAGUUUGUGGUCCAGCCCCCGCCACUCGCCGCCCCCUUGGCCCCAGUGGUGGCGUUCAUGUUACCCAGCUGUCCCUUCCCUCCAGAGACCCCAAGCCUGAGCCAGGCCUUCUUCCCCGGCCAGCCCCACUUCCCGGGCCACCCCACGCUCACACCUGGGACAGCCCCUGCCUCGCAGCCCGAGUCCCCAAGUCGGACUUCGCUCCUCAGACAAUCGUGCGCUUGCCCGGCCACCCCGGCCACCCCACCACUGGCCGCGGGAGCCGUGGGCAGGGCCUCCCCGCCCCUCUUCCAGUCCCGUGGCAGCUCACCCCUGCAGCUCAACCUGCUGCAGCUGGAGGAAGUUCCCGAGGCUGGCCCUGGUGUCACGGGAACUUCCGGGACUUCAGGGACAGCGGCUACCCAGCCUGACCGCAAACCUGGCACUUCCCAGGAGCAGCAGCCAAAGGCACCCUCCACACACGAGGAGCCCUCGGACACCCAGAACAGUGACGCGCUGUCCACGUCCAGCGACCUGCUCAACCUCUUGCUGAACGAGGACCUCUGCUCGGCCACAGGGUCGGCCCUGUCUGGGAGCGGAGCCUCUGCCACCUCGGACUCCCUGGGCUCUGGCUCUCUGGGCUGCGGUGUGGCUGGGAGUGGGGCAGGUAGCAGCGACACGAGUCACACCAGCAAGUACUUCGGCAGCAUCGACUCUUCGGAGAGCAGUCACAGAGCAAAAGCGGCCGCGGCCACGGGGGAAGGCGAGCACUUCCUCAAGCACGUGCUGCAGGGCCCCAUCUGGCUGCUGAUGGCCGACACGGACGGCAGCGUCAUGAUGACAUACCAGCUGCCUCCCCGAAAUGUAGAUACGGUUUUGAAGGAGGACAGGGAGAAGCUAACGCUCCUGCGGAAAGCCCAGCCCCGGUUCACGGAGUCGCAGAAGCGGGAGCUACGUGAGGUCCACCCGUGGGUGCAGACGGGCGGCCUGCCCACGGCUAUUGAGGUGACGGGAUGUGUUUACUGUGAAAACAAGGAGAAGGACAACUUUCGCAUACCGUAUGAGGAGGAUAUCCCUCCUCUGGGACUCAGUGAUGCAUCCGACACCAAAGAAGAAGAGAAUGGACCUCCCCCCGGGUCACAAGAAUGAAGAACAGGCACAACCAUGCCUCCCCCCUUAAGCUAGAGACCCACGCUAGAUGUGCUUGGAAGAGGUGAUAGAUUUCCACAUUUGUUGUUAAUGAAAUGAACAUAGAUACUUUGGUUGCUUUUUUUGUUUUAGGGGGAAAAAGUUUUCUGAAGUGGUAUCUCAACAUUGGAGAGUGGGGAGUUUGGGAAGAAAUACACUUUUAUAUGUGAAAUAUAAAUGCGGGAUUUGGGGGAAUGGCGAGAGAGGUCUUGGUUAUUGUUCAACUCGAAAAGGACCCCAGCACCCCUGUAGGUGACAGGGACACCAUGAUGACCUCCAUCCUCUGCCUCCUUGGGGCUGUCCCCAGGCGUUGCUCCAGGCUGCGGGAAAUGGCCAGGUGCCACAUGUGACUGAGCUGAGGGCAGCGGCCUUCCAGAGCUUCUCCUGGCUGUGUUUGGGUCAGAUCCAAAUCCACCCUGUCUCGGGGACUGCUUUUCAUCUAAAUUAUCAUGUUGUCGGCUAGUUUUUUGUUUGUGUGUUUGUUUUUAACACACCAAGUGGUGAUGCCAGCCUCUCCUAAUUUUCUUUCAAAACGUUUCCUGUUGAGUGAUGGGCGCGUAGUUUGGCAGACUGACAGCCCGGGCGUCCGGUGCUGCAGGUGGAACGUUUUGGUCUGACCUGACCUUUCUCUGUGGAGCACUCAGUGGAAAGGCUUGCCCUGGACCAGAUGAGCGGAGCCUUGUCCACGCUGCAGCGCACACCCAGGCCCUCUCUAUGUCUCUGCGUCGUUCCUGAAUUUCCUUCAGACCCCGAUGGCCAAUAUGACAUCAAAAUAUGUCAUCGGUCAUCUUGUGGUGGCUUCCC